UAUAGUUAUCUCGCAGGCCUCUACUUCAGGGCAGACAGGCCAGGUUGUAGCGACAGGUCCGAAGAAAGUGAGAGCAGCGAAGUUUCACCAGAGGAGGUUAUUAUCAGCAGGACCUCCAAGACAAAGAGCAACAAAUGUCCUACACAUAAGAGAAAAGACAGCGGUGGGAGAGAAGAAGUGGCAACAGAGUCCAGACGUUCGGAAUCAGAACUCGGUGAACAGAGUCAAGUCUUUAAGCUUGUGGACAAAGGGAGACCUUCAGACCCAGAGCACUGUCGGAAGCACCAGGUUUUCGAUACACCUACCCUUAGCCCAAGUGAAGGUGUAUCAGAGGGCAGUGGGAGGAGCAAAGAAGAAUCAGAACCCUGUGGGAGGAGCCAAAACGGAUUCUUAAAAGAACUAAGGACAUGCUGUACGUGUAACGUGUCUGAGUUAGAAUCUGGGAAGGAGGAAGUUUUUGAUACAUCUAAAAGUGGGAGUGUCCGAGCAGCUCAGUUUGAAUCUACAGACUCUGCUACAGCAGUAAAUCGCAAUCAGGAUAUCUCUGUGGCACGUGGGGUGCCAGGGCCGCAGGUUCAGCAAGCUUCUCUUCCGCCUCUCCGUUGUGUGGCAGCCCAGGCCUACACCCCUCUCCUUCUCCCAUACACCCGCUCUCGGCCCCCAAACGCCCCCACCAUGCCCACCCUGCCUGAAGAGGAGGAGGAUUCUGCUGAGGACAUCGAGAGUUCCUCCAGCUCCCCCACCAACUACAUGCCAGUUGAAGCCAAGCUAGUGAAUGUGACUACGGCUCCCCCUACAAUUGUCCUUCCAGGAUCAGCCCCCCAGCAGGACCCUCGUCCCUUGGAUAAAACUAGACCACUCAGCCCCAGACUUCGGCUGUCGAGAAACACCAGUGCCUCGGGGCCUCUCACUACAGUAGACACUGAAGGCCACGUGAUAGAUCUGGUGAAGGAUAAACUUCCAGAGCUGCAGCUGUCGGAGGAGGACCGGCAGAAGAACCUGGAGCUGCUGGAGGAGGCGAAGAAAGUGAGCGACCGCUUCCUGACCCGUAGAGGGCGCCGUUCCACAUGCAGCCUCACCGAGUCGCCCACAGGUCCUUCGCCCAUCGCAACUCCAUCCUCUUCUCCUGUACCCUCACGGAGCAGUUCUCUCUCCGCGCCCCCACAGAUAGCUUCAGUGGCAGAUGCCACAACAAACCCGCCUACAAGCUCACUCAUGCGGUUGGAGGUGCCUGGUGUGUGUGACCAUGGGGAAGCAAGUACAACAGACCAUGAGAGUCUGAGGAAGCUGGUGGACUGGAAGCCGCCCGAGAAGCGCAAGGUUUCCUCCGGCACCUUGACACCCCGCCACACCACCACGGCGGCGGCCAGACAGCCGGCUAUGACCCACAGAGAGGUCUUAGAGAGCCUGAAACCGGAAAGCUCGGCCCCGGUGACGGGAGUUGCCAAGCCUGUCCCACAUCCAGCCACCCAGCAAGUGCCCUGCACGGCCGAGAUCAAGACCAUCGGAGCCUUCCCACCCCUCAUGAGGGCUGUCUCCUGGGAUACCGUGGGCUCCAUGGGUGGGAGGAACGGGGCACCCAAUGGCGAUGAGGGCCUGGCCUUCUCCGAUAAACUGAAGUCUUCUGGGUACAAGGACUUCCCAAUGGCUCCCCUGAACGUCCAGAAACUGUCCAAACUGCGAGAGGAGCAUAAGCUGAUGAGGACCCAGAGCAUCUCAGGAUCAAAGCUGCCAGAUCUGAGCGAGACGGCUGAACAAGAACGAGGUUCCUGCUCUCUGACAGCUGUCUCCCCAGCUGACGAGGAGGCGAAGGAGAAAGCUGACGCCAUGCCCAACAUAUCCGACCUCAUGCUGCGCAAACUUAAGCUGCACAAAGGCAGUACGGUGGCCUGUGCGCCUCCGCUCACGGAGAAGGAAGUGGAGAAUGCCUUCGUGCAGCUAUCCCUCGCCUUCCGCAAUGACAACUACACGCUGGAGACGCGGCUGAAGCUGGCAGAGCGCGAGCGCAACCUCACAGAGGAGAACACCGAGAAGGAACUGGAAGAGUUCAAACACUCACUGAAGUGCACGGCGCCGCUGUGGCAGAAUGCAGAGCAGAGGGAGUCCUACCAGAGACUCGUGGAGACCUUGGCUGUGCUGCACCGCCUGGCCAACCGCCUCUCCAGUCGGGCUGAAAUGGUCGGAGCCGUGCGGCAGGAAAAACGUUUGAACAAAGCCACAGAGGUGAUGCUGCAGUAUGUGGAGAACCUCAAGAGGACCUAUGAGAAGGACCAUGCAGAGCUGAUGGAGUUUAAAAAACUAGCCAAUCAGAACUCGAACCGAUACUGUGGCUCCAUGGAAACUGGAGAAGAUGGCAUUGCACGUCAAUCGAGAUCCAUGUCUGUGACAUUAGGAAAGGCUUUACCCAGAAGGAGAGUCAGCGUGGCUGUGGUUCCCAAAUUUAAUCUCCUGCACAUUCCUGGUCAAAGCCCAACCACAGUGGGCCCUGGCCCUGGCCCCAGUGCUGGCAUUGCAUCUCCUGGUGGCCCCGUGGCACUUCCUGUACUGUGCGAGGCGAACAGCACGAAGAGUGAUAACCCUACAGACUCACCACAACAAGGUGCAGGUGAAAAUGUAAAAGUUGCAGCGGAGCAGGACGGCGACGUAGCCACAUCGACUAAAGUCCCCUGCAGUCCAGAAGAGAUCAGAGCCCAGAUUAAGGCCAAGAUCGAGGAAGAAGCCUACAAGAAAGGGUAUCAGGAGGGACUGAAAAGAAUUAAAGAGCUUCAGGAAGUCAAGGAAGAGGAGAAUUCAUCAGAGGAAAAGCAGUCGGCGCUCGAUCAGACAACUGCAGAAGAUCCAGACAAAGAAAAUAAAACAAACAGUCGAUAUGAAGAAGCACUGGAAGCCAUCGACCGGUUAUGUCCAAAGGUCUUCAAACGAAGCUGGACGCUCUGGAGAGUCCUCACCUUGUUCAUAGGUUUGUUCUUUUUGGUCAACCUCGUAAACUUCUAUAGUAACUACUACGGUGACCACGGAGACACGUCGGCAGAGAAGUCUGGUGUUCCUGGCAAGAAGAAGUUUUUUGGCCUGCAUGUAGGCUCGAAGAGUAGUCCCACGCCAGAGUAGUGCCCAGCCUACGCACAUCUGCAUUCAAAGAUUCAUCCAAGGACUCGGCUGGUACUGAGGAACCCAGCUCAGUGCACAUGGGAAUAUCUGAAACACUAGUAACUAAAUUUAAGACUAUUUUAGAGAAGCUUUCAAACUGCAAUAUGAAAAAAAAUCUCAAAUUCCUCUGUUGUUCUUUAAGGACAAAAAUGCUAGUAAGAGAACCAUAGUUUCAGUGUAGAUUUAUUUAGGUGUCGUAUAGCACCUAGAUGGAAUAAUGUGGUUUUAUUAUUGACAACCAGCUGAUGUUACAGAUACACAUUAUCUUACCACUCAAACCAAUACAAUUAUAUUUCUCAGGUUUAUGGGAUGAAGAAUUCAGUAUACUAUUUAAAUGAUCUUUAAUCUUUUGUGUGGUUAUUAAAUUCUCUUAUGUCUAUAUUGUUUGACUUUACAUUCCAAGGUAGCUCCUUAAGUGCAAUACUUUGCAACACAUAACUGAACCUUUUAUUUUGAUGUGUUGGAUUGUGUCCUUAGAGCGCAAUGGUGUGAGCAUCUUCUCAAACAGUUUAGAGUGCACUUUUAAAUAGCAUGAGAGAUUUCUUUCAUCUUUUUAGAUAUUUGCACAUGUGUGUUGAUGGUUGUGUCACUCAACCUUUUAAUAAAGGUGCCUUAAAAACAG